AUGGAGAAGAAUAAUGAGAAGUUUCAUUUGGAAAAGCGAACUCUGGAACAAAAGUUGAAGGGUUUGAAAGAAAAGAAAUCUGGACAAAAUGGUAAUGUAGCUUUUGGUUCAGGAAAAGGAAAUGUGAAAAUUGUUCCAGAAAAGGAGUAUGAUCUGAAACUAAAAUUGUCUAAAGAACAACUGGUUGAACAAGCAAAACGUGAUAUUAUGUUUGAUGAACUCCAUGCCUUGAAUACAAAGAUAAUUAAUGAGGAAGUUGAACAAAAGAAUGUUGAAUCAAUUUUGGCUGGCAAGAAAGCAAUGUUUCCAUAA